CCUUCCGAGCUUGAGCCGAGAGUCCUGGAUCUUUAGGCUGCAGAGGAAUUGUUGCUCAGGAAGACACCUGGAGAUCGGGAAGCAGAAGGACCUUCACAUGAGCUGACAGUGUGGACAAGAUGUUCUGCACCAAGCUAAAGGACUUAAAGCUAACAGGAGAAUGUCCCUUCUCUCUCCUUACACAAAGCCAAGGGUCGGAAGAAGGGGAUAUCGAAGUGUCCGGGAAUGCUGCUGCUGCUGCUGCUCUUCCCAUCUGCCAAGAGGUCCAUGAGAACAUCCCCAGAAGGGUGGUCGAGGAGGGACCCCCACAAAGAAAAAGCAGCCGGAGCAGGGUUUACCUACACACUUUGGCAGAGAGCAUCCGCAGGUUAAUCUUCCCAGAGUUUGAAAGGCUGAAUCUUGCUCUUCAGAGAACAAUUACAAGACUGAAAGUUAGAGGGUCAAACAGAACGGCUUGCAUGAAUUUUAAGCUUCCUGGCAUGAUUGUUUGUGGGAAAGCUAUAGGAAAAGAAGAUUUUGAAAAAAUGUUGAUUGAUCAAUCGAAUGCAGCAGGUGUGCCUGUAGAACACGUAAAAGCAUCGCUAGGCGAGGAACUGUUCAGAAUCUGCUAUGAUGAAGACGAGCAUGUUUUGGAAGUAGUGGCUGGCACAUUAAAGGACUUUUUAAACAGUUUUAGCACUCAUUUAAAACAGAGCGGCCAAUCGCGAACAGUGGAAGAGAGUGGAAGACUGGAAGAAGGUUCCAUUUUGUGCCUAGAAAAAGAUCAAGAUUUCUUAAACUUGUACUAUUUUUUCCCUAAUAACAUAACUCCAUUAAUCCUACCUGGAAUAAUUAAGGCGGCAGCUCAUAUCCUGUAUGAAACUGAAGUGGAAGUGAAAUUAAUUCCACACCGUUUUAAUGAUGGGAAUGAUUUUAUUAAGGAACCGUACUUACUUUACUCCAUACAAGUCAAAAACAAACGCCCAUCCUUAUCCCCUUGUAAACCCCAGCCUUACGUUGCUAUACCUUCCUCAGUUUUCUGCAAGACCUUUCCCUUUCAUUUUAUGUUUGACAAGGACAUGACCAUGUUACAGAUUGGCAAUGGGGUGAAAAAGCUUCUCAAUAGAAAGGACAUCCCUGGAAAAACCAGCUUUGAAGAACACUUUGAAAUCAUUUCUCCCAAAAUAAGGAGUACUUUUAGUGGAAUCAUGACAAUGUUGAACAUGCAAUUCACUAUCAGAGUUAAACGAUGGGACAACACCAUAGAGACGUCAUCAAAGAUCAUGAAUCUAAAAGGGCAAAUGAUAUAUGUUUUUGAAUCCAGUGCCAUUUUAUUUUUGGGAUCACCAUGCGUGGACAGACUAGAGGAUUUCACAGGACGAGGGCUGUACCUGUCAGAUAUACCCAUCCACAAUGCCCUAAGGGAUGUUGUUCUGAUUGGGGAACAAGCACGAGCACAGGAUGGAUUGAAGAAAAGGUUAGGGAAGCUUAAAGCUACUUUGGAAUUGACACAUCAGGCUCUAGAAGAGGAAAAAAAGAAGACGGUUGAUCUUUUAUUUUCAAUUUUUCCUGGUGAAGUAGCUCAGCAGCUAUGGCAGGGUCAGACUGUGAACGCCAAGAAAUUUAACAAUGUAUCGAUGUUAUUUUCAGACAUUGUAGGCUUUACGGCAAUCUGCUCUCAUUGUUCAGCAAUGCAAGUCAUCACAAUGCUCAAUGAACUGUAUACCCUUUUUGAUUAUCAGUGCGGGGAACUGGACGUCUACAAGGUAGAAACAAUCGGCGAUGCAUACUGCGUGGCUGGAGGAUUACAUAAAGAAAGUGAGACACAUGCCUUUCAAGUCGCUCUUAUGGCUUUAAAGAUGAUGGAACUCUCAAAUGAAGUGACAUCUCCCCAUGGAGAACCUAUCAAGAUGCGUAUUGGGCUUCAUUCUGGCUCAGUCUUUGCUGGUGUUGUUGGAGUAAAAAUGCCACGUUACUGCCUUUUUGGAAAUAAUGUAACUCUUGCAAAUAAAUUUGAGUCAUGCAGUGUGCCAAGGCGGAUCAAUGUAAGCCCUACAACAUACAGUAUGCUUAAGGAAUAUAAAGGAUUCAAGUUUACACCCCGGUCUAGAGAAGAGCUACCACCAAAUUUCCCUGAUGAUAUUCCUGGUAUCUGUUAUUUUCUGGAAGGUUCUGAUCAAGAAUUGUUGACCAAGAUUUGGUGCCAAAUAAAGACUGUUCAAGAAUUACAUUUCAGUAAAGUAAAAUGAUGCAUGCAAUUUUGGGGUUUCGCUGAUGAAAUUCAAAUGAAUAAAAAAAACAUCCAUUAGUGAGU